AUGGCACAGUUUGCCACCCCUACUCCUCCUGUUCGUCCCCAGCCUGCCCAUCUCGCCAUCGCAGUCCAGGAGACUCGAGGGCGCUAUACCCACCGUCCUGUCGACCAAUUCCCCUGGAAGGGUUUGAAAAUUCCGCGUCACGGGUUCGUCGUCGAGCCUGACUGGGUGAUGGCAACGUUCGAUAAUCGCAGAAAUGAUCAAUUCUUUGAUUCAAAAUGUCUGCAAACGAUAAACGAAGGUACGGAAGUGCGAUUCUUCCACCCCUAUGACACACUUGGAUAUUCAAGAGACGGCGUGGACUUUGACGUCCUGGAAGAGAUGCGCCAAUUGGAUAUGCAUAGACACGAAAGCUUUGUGGAGCGGCUGUUCACAGCGACAAAAUCUGCCGUUUAUUGGCUCGUUCGCGAAAAUUACCUUCGCUCCAAAUAUGUUGCGCGGGUAGAGCUCCUCCCUUUCGCUUGUUUUGGCACGGACAUCUCGUAUGGAUGA